GCAAAAUCAGGCACAAUUUUGCAUAGCAACCAUCUGUAGUAGCCUUGGAGAUGCGGUUGCCAUGGAGCUACCCACCGACAGUUCUCGGUGUUUCCCGUCUCGGAGUGUCUCGGUCAUUUUUGUCGGUGUCCCGAACGCUUCGGACGUGUGCAGAUCUUUCGCGGAAAAGAAACCCGGUACAUACACAAAGUUAGUAGUGCUGUGCAGUAUCCAUCGGAAGGGAAAAAGAUGAAUUCCAACUUUGUGAAUAUAGUCCAAACUCAUUCUUGCGUUUGUCAGGAACGUAGCCAAACGCAAAUGUUUCCUGUUCCGCCUCCAUCAAUUCCACAACAACCGGUUCAUGGUCACUCUCAUUCAAGAAUGAAGCAAUACCCGUCCGUGCCGCUCUUGAUGGUUCGAGCUCCGACGCCACCGAUGUGGGUCUACGGCGUGCCCAGACCGUUGGAACAGAUGCAUUGCCAUUUUUCGUACUCAUCCGACAUCGCCAUGUCAUCAUCGCAAAGCAACCAUGUCCAAGCCGCUAUUGGUCAGUCGCCGUCGUCAUCGGUUACUUCGACGUUCGAAUUUAAGGUAUCGAGUGUAAUUGCAAGCAAUCCUUCUGAAGCAAUGAAGUCUGCUUUGGUCCCCGAGCGUGUGACAAUGACAAAAACUCCAGAAACUACAUCGGCAUCAUGCGGUUUGGGCAAAAACGCUUCCACUCCGGAUCAGUUUCUCGAACAGUUUCACGAGCUAGUGAAGACAGCCCUGGACGGUUGCAAAAAGGCAGAAGCGCUUGCCACGUGCCAUCAGAAACGUCCAUGCUUUAAGAAAAUCGACAGCCUGUGCGCCCGGCUAAAGCAGGAUCUGGUGAAAACGGACAACGUGAUGUCGAACAUCAAUUCGCAAGGGCUUGCCUGGGCGGUGAAAGACUUUAUCUUUGUGUUCACCAGAAUCAUGAAUGCUUGGAUCAUCAUCAAGGGCUACGUGCACAGCAAACCGGAAGGCCUGACAUCGAUCCAGCGCGAGCUGUGCCCGAACUUCCUGGAAGCGUUCGGGCGGUGGCACGAGACGACGCACGAGCUGAUCCAAUCGCUCAUCAAAUCGUUCACCAAUCUGAACAAGCUGGCCAAGCAACAACGUGGUGGGUGUAACAUUUUCUCCAAAGUCGAAGACUUCAAAGAUGAAGCAAACCCAGGCUCGAACGAAGCUUUGGAUGAUUUUGAGGAGGCUGCUGAAUCGACGCUCAACUUGAGUGAUGGUGCGUACAUACGGGCAGGCAUUUACCCGAACGUAACCCGCCCUCCGCCCGGGUUUGCGGACAACUCACCACCACCACCGUUCGCUGGGUAUAAGAAACCACAACAGACCAAAACGCCACUGGUCGGUGAUCGCGGUCAAACAACGGAUUCGGCGUUUGCAUCUGCUGCAUCAGCGGUAGGAUUUAAUCGUCCAGAAUAUAAUGCUGAUCCCGGUGCCGCUAUAUCGAGUGUUCAAAGAAGCGAGGGUAUGACAAGCUCUGCCGAUCGUCAGUUUAUGGAAAAUUUCCAUCGCAAAACAUCGCUAGAAUGUAUCGACUGGGUGUUGGACGAAGUUCGUGCCAUUGAGGAGGGGCAGUAUUUCUACAGCAUCAACUUUGCGAAAAACUAUUUUCCCGAUUUUCACCUGGUAGGAUCGAACAUGAUAGAUCUGCGUACGGUCUACCGGAAGCACGAUGCGGGCCGCUACGCGAUGACGGUUGAGCUGCUCGAUGAUCUGCACCAGAUAGUCGAUACGUGCAAACAGUACGCGAACGCCUCGACAGCGUUCGAUCUGUGGAAUCCAAACGAACCGAUGCAGCGAGACCUUUGCACCGAUACACAGCGGAAGGAAAUGGAAAACUUUCCCAAAAUGCAAACGUUCAUUGCCAAGAUGGAACGUCUGUUUGCCGCCAUCCGGAAGGAGCGUCCGAUGGAGUAGCGGUCGUGAAUCGAUCAACGCAUCAACGCAAAAUUAUUCCCUGGACAGUACGGUAGGAACUUCGCAGCGGUUUGCUUAGGUAGAGUGGACUUAAUUUUUCUUUUGACUGCCAUGAAACAGAACUAAGACUGAGCGCUGACGAUUUGAAAACACUGCUUGUAACACAUGAUCAACAGCAUUUCAUAUCUGAGCUAUUACAGGCAGUAUUAAAUAAAUUGUUAGAAUAUAGUAUUUA